ACUCUUUUGGGACUUGCCAUUCUGGCUAUUUUGUUAACAAGAUGGAAACGAUGCAGGAAAAAUGAAAUUGACGUCUCAAGAUACAGUUCAGAACAAAGUGCUGGCCUUCUGGAAUGUGAGGAUGGUAGAGGAUUUCGACAUUCAUAUUCGACAGAAAGUGACACUUCAUAUGAUGAUCGAGCACUAUCAGCCAACUCCAUAGAACUGUCUCGAUCAAGUAUUGGUGAUACAAAAAGCAUAAAAGCAAUUCCAGAAACUUCAUCCAGCACUGCAGGAUCCAUAACUGGAGCUAUUGGACCCAUAAUGCAAUUUACAGCACCUAUUCGAACUGCGGGACCUAUCAAGCUGUCUCAGAAAACCAUUGUGCUAACUCCAGGACCUAUAGCACAAUGUAGUGGAUCCAGUGUGGAAUCAACUCCUCACGCAAUCAAUGGAUCAACUCCGCAUGCCAUCACUGGUCCACCUCCAAUGCCCAGUGGUCUGCCCCUGGCACCCAUAACGAUUUCACAGAGAACCUCAACAAGACCUGGGAAAUAUAAAAUAAAACAAGAGGAGCCAAUUACUACAGUACCUAUUGCAAUUGGUCCAGUAGCAGCUGUUGACAGUUCCGGAAAAAUCACAUUAUCUCCUGUGGUUAUAUUUCCAGGUUAUACAGAUGGAGAACUUGCAAAGAAAUCAGUUCCCAAAGCCCCGGUUCUGAAAAGUGGAGGCACUACAAAGUCUAAGGGUAGUGGAGAAGACAAGGAAGCACUGAAGAAGGAAAUCUUAUUCACAGAUUCUGAUGAGUCCUUGACAUCGAUGCACAAAACGGAGUCCAAAAGCAAAGCAAAAGGUAUUGCAUUGGAGAAAGGCAAGAUAAGAACGGAGGUCAAAGAAAAGGAGAGUAACACUGGAAUACUGAAGACACAGGAAGCCCAAGUGAGGAAGAGUGAGGCCGGGAUACCUCAGGGCCAGGAAGCCCAAGUGAGGAAGAGUGAGGCCGGGAUACCUCAGGGCCAGGAAGCCCAAGUGAGGAAGAGUGAGGCCGGGAUACCUCAGGGCCAGGAAGCCCAAGUGAGGAAGAGUGAGGCCGGGAUACCUCAGGGCCAGGAAGCCCAAGUGAGGAAGAGUGAGGCCGGGAUACCUCAGGGCCAGGAAGCCCAAGUGAGGAAGAGUGAGGCCGGGAUACCGCAAGGCCAGGAAGCCCAAGUGAAAAAGGAGAGUUUUGAAGAUGAAGGAAAGCAGGACAAAGAAAAGGGAGAUGCUGAGAAGAACAAAGAUACAGAACAAAAUGACACCAAAAACAAGAAAGGUGAUGAAGGAGAGGACAAAGUUAAAGGAAAGAAAGAACCAGAAGCCAAGGGUAAAAAAGAAUCUUCAAAAAGGGGCAGAGGCAAGUAAAAGAAGGAAAUACAGCAAGCGGUGGAAGAGUGAGGGUAAAUAAAAGGAAAGCCCACGAGACAACUGAUUAUUACGAUUCCCAUGC